UGUUUUGGUCUUCCUAAAAGAUUACUUAACUAGAAUGGUGGCGCCCCUUAUAAAAUUGGACCAUGCUCAACACACAUAUUAUCCAUUCUUUGAAAUCAAAGAGAGAGAUAAAGAAACUUCAUAAAAAAUUGUUUAUGGUAUUCCACACACAUAAAUUUAGACUAAUAUGGACGAUUCAUCUGUUCUUAGCCCAAUCUCUCUUCUCACCAUAGCCAUUCUCUUGUUCAUUCUCAACCUCAUGAUGAUAAUCCAAGACUUCUCUUCGUAUUUUCCCUAUCCUCUCCAUCUCUUCUUCUAUAAUGCCUACAUUCUUUUUGCGUCAACAAGAAACAAGAAGCAAAAUAUGACUGAGCUCCUGAUCAUAAAGAAAGGUUUUGUCCCUACUCGAGUAGAUAACAAGAUGUCAGUGGAAGAAGUCAAGGCGAUGAUCGAUGACUCGGAAGCUUUAUACGAACGUUUGAUAGAAGAAGGAGAAGAAUACUUGCUUGAGAAGAGUGAGAUGAUGGGUAAGGAGAUAGUGAAGAGGGCGUUUAGAUUGUUUGAUGAGAAUCAAGAUGGGUUUAUAGAUGAAAAUGAGUUGAAACAUGUUUUGUGUUUAUUAGGAUACGAUGAGUGUACAAAGAUGGAGUGUAGGAGGAUGAUUAAGGUUUUUGAUGAGAAUAGAGAUGGGAAAAUUGAUUUUUAUGAGUUCGUGAAGCUCAUAGAUAAGAGUUUUUCUUGAAACAUAUACCGAAACAAUAGUUAAUUAUGUUGGUGACUAAUUGAGGACAGAGGACCUGUCUAAUAUACUUCUUUUUUUUUUGUCGUCGUCGUCUAAUUAACUUAUUUUUGUUUA